GACAUGAGUGCGGAAUCCCGGGCUGCGGUGGAGGAGAUCGAGCUCAUCAGGGGCCCCUCAGGUCUGGGGUUUAAUAUCGUGGGUAGCACAGACCAACAAUAUGUUUCGCAUGAUAGUGGCAUUUAUGUCAGCAGCAUCAAGGAGAAUGGCGCUGCCACGGUUGAUGGCCGGCUGCAGGAAGGAGACCGGAUAUUGGAGGUAAAUGGUAUCAAACUAGAAAAUCUAUUGCAUAAGAAGGCCGUGGACCUCUUCAGGAGUUCAGGUGAACAUGUGGUACUAAAAGUUCAACAUCAGAGUCACCUAAAUGGUCCUUUGGGAAGCCUGGGCAGAAAGCAGCCACCAGGACCUGUCCCCUAUGACUAG